CAAAGAGUUCGUUCAAAGUUUAUUUGUGACUUUUUUUUUACAUUGGGAUUAAAAACCUUAAGCGUGAAAUCGUAAUAAUGAAGGUAUUUUGCAUCUUGGCCCUAGCCUUGGCUUCAGCCCAAGCAGGUCUGCUGCCUCAUCAUGGUGAUGGUCAUAUCAUCGAUCAUGGCAUAGUCCACCAUGGAGCCGAUCUACAUCAUGGAGAUAUUCAUCACAGUGAUGGUGUACACAUUGGCCAUUCAUCACAUCUGCUGGUCGAUGGUCAUCAUGGUGUUGAUCACCAUCCUGUUUUCCAUCAUACCGAACAUCAUGCCGCCGUUGAUGUGAUACAUCAUGAUGAUGCCCAUCAUCAUGGCCAUCAUGAUAUUCAUCAUGAUGGCGGUCAUCAUGGUGUCCACGCUAGCGAUGUUCAUAAUGCUCCUGCCGCUCAAAUCAUUCAUCAUGCCCCCAUCCAUCAAGUGGAGCCAGUACAUCAUGUCACCAAGGUGGUGCAUCAUGAACCCCAUCAUUUCUUGCAUUACACCCAACCCUCUGUGGAUCAUCAUGUCUUGCACAAUAAUCAGCAUAUUGAUGAGCACCAUCACGCUGCCGAUUUGCAUCAUUCCGAAUUGCAUCAUGGUGAUGCUGCCCAUCAUGGCGAUGUACAUCAUGCUGGCGUUCUACACCACAGUGGUUUUGUACAUCACGCUGAUGCCCAUCAUCAUGGUGCUAUUUUGCAUCAUGGCGAUAUCCACCAUCAUGGUGUGGUCCAUCAUGGUGGUGUACAUCAUCAUGCCGCUUUGGUACAUCAUGCUCCCAUUGUGCACCACCACAAGGCUGCCAUUGUGCACAAAGUGUAUCCCCAUCAUCAUGGCCAUGCCGAUAUCUUGGCCGUUGCCAAGCAUCACCUGCAUGGUAAAUUUGGCAAAGUGAAAAUUACCGAAAAACAUUAUUAGACGAUUUCAUCUCCCUCCAAAGAAAAACAAAAUCCUCCCCAAUCCCUCAAAAAGAAAAAUGCCAUUAUUCGCUUCUCAUAGCCAUAAUUUAUUAUACGAACGAACUCUCAUCGCCCCAAAAGUAUUUGAUCACUUUCUAUCACCCCAAAAAUCCCUAUGAAUUAUGUGGAACG